GCAGUUUGCAAUUCCUGCUCUUCAUGCCAGAGCCUGCAGCUGUCUCGGUUGCGUCCCACCACCGCGGGUGUGGGGAAGCUUCGUAACGAAUGGAGGAACAGGCGGCAGACUUUAUUUUUCUUUCCCAGUACAUAUCCAGAGGAUUUUGCAACUUUUAUAACUAUUCCCUGCAUUGUAUGGAGACUCAAUGAAAGUAUUUGGCAGCUUAGACACACUGUCUGUGUUUUGUCUGAUAAUUUUUUUUUUUGCAACUGAGAAAGAUAUAGGAAUGUGGAAUUCAAGUAUCUCUCAACGGAUGAGCUUCUGCCCCUGAAAUCAUGACCACGUACAUGAACCUGACCUCUCUGUUGAAUGAAACCUCCCAAAAAGGAUGCAACCUCACCAAGACAGGUUUCCAGUUCUACUACCUGCCCACUGUUUACAUCAUGGUUUUCCUCGCUGGGCUGGUGGGCAACAGCCUGGCUAUCUGGAUGUUUGUGUGUCACAUGAGACCCUGGAGCAGUAUCUCUGUCUACAUGUUCAACCUAGCCCUGGCUGACUUUUGCUAUGUCCUCUCUUUGCCUUUCCUCAUCUUUUACUACUUCAACAAAACUAACUGGAUAUUCGGGGAUUUAUUGUGCCGGCUGCAGCGUUUUAUUUUCCAUGUGAACCUCUAUGGAAGUAUUCUGUUUCUCACCUGCAUCAGUGUUCACAGGUACACCGGUGUGGUGCACCCGCUCAAAUCUCUAGGCAGAUUAAAGAAGAAAAAUGCUGUCAUUACCAGCGCCUUGGUGUGGUUGAUAGUUGUCAUAAGCAUGUCACCAAUUCUUUAUUAUUCCAGGACAGGUUUGAAGGGUAAUAAAACCACUUGCUAUGACACAACCGUUAACAAGGAGCUACCAGGUUACUUCAUUUAUAGCAUGACUUUGACUGUCUUCGGCUUCUGCAUCCCAUUUAUCAUCAUAUUUUGCUGCUACGGCAUGAUUGUCAAGGCUUUGAUCUACAACGACAUGAACAAUGCUCCCCUGCGGCAGAAAUCUAUCCACUUGGUCAUCAUUGUGCUUGCAGUCUUUGCUGUCUCAUAUCUACCCUUUCACGUCAUGAAAAACCUCAACAUGCGGGCCAGGCUGUACUUCCAGAGCCCCGACAUGUGUGAAUUCAACAACCGAGUCUACGCCACAUACCAGGUAACGCGGGGUCUUGCCAGCCUCAACAGCUGUGUGGAUCCUGUCCUUUACCUCCUGGCUGGAGAUACAUUCAGGAGAAGGCUGUCACGGGCUACCAAGAAAACCUCCAGAAGGGGGGAUACUGUCCUUCAGUCAAAGAGUGAAGAAACUGCUCUUAACAGCCUAGCUGAGUAUGUAGACAAUGGGAACCGGAGGCACUAACUGUCCUGUUAGCUCCUGACACAGAGAGCUGGAGUAACGAAAUGCACUGCGUAGACUAAAGAUUAUGAGAAACUGAUUAGAUGAAUGGUUUGUAGGGAUGUUGGAUCACUGCUCCGUUAUAGUCUGUGUUGACCAAUGCUUGUCAACAUUGAUAAGCUAUCGUACUGUACUGUAUUGUAUUGUAUUGUAAUCUGAAUAUUAGAGCCAUCACUCUUCUUUUUUAAUCAAGUAGUUUAGAUUGCUUGCAGUUCGGUCUAAAAAAAGCAACAAGAAGGGCCUGACUAAGGACAAGGGAUUGUCGGGCAGGCAACAACCUUUUGUUGGUCAACUUCCUCAUGUAUAUGGUGUAGUGAGAAUGCAUCUUAUUAGGCCAAAAGCUGAUAUUUAAUCAAUUCCUAUUUAGCAAGUGAGAGAUUAUGUCUGAUGAGAUUUGGGAUUGGGAUGGCUUUUAGAAGUAAAAGUGAAUGCACUGAGCCCUUUGUUGCUGAAAAGAUGUGUGCCACAGACAUUGUUAUACACUGUGAGUAGAAUAUAUCAGCUCUGCCUAUUAAUCUUAUUUUUUUUCCUCCAUCUAUUGGUUUUGUAAGGGUAGAAUGUGGUUAAAUUUGAGGUCAAAGUGUCCGUAGGAUCUUUUCACCAAUGUUUUCCAUUUGAACCAUGUCAUCAUAAAAUAAGGGUGAUAUCUGCAGUAUUUUUGUAUAUCUGAUGUGAUAGUAGUUUUUCCAAUUGUACUGUACAGGAUGUUGUGACUGUUAAGUUUUCUUCAUCCUAUUUUUAUUUAUUUUGCUAAUUUUGAGUAUAAUGUGCAUGUGUCCAGUAUGAACCAGUGACAGUGAAAAAGUGACUCAUACCAACAAGUUAUAACUACCCUUGUAUUCAUUGCAACAUAGAAAAUAUUACUCAUUAGGCCUCGCUUGCUUUGGAGCUUCACCAACAUGUUAAAGAUCUGUUUGUAUGAGAUACCUCAAGUGAAUAGUGCACUGUGUUCGCUUUUAGCACAUAUUAAUUUUUUUUUUAUUUGUUUUAAAUCUGUUGUAAGCUUUCCAAAAAAAUCUUUCUUAAAAUUUCUUUACAUUUUGUGUAGAUGUUCAAAGCCUACUAAUUCCUGUGUUAUAGCCCGUCUUCAGUAUAAAAAAAGGAAGUAAAUCUGCUGUGCAAGAAA